UGUAAAUGAAAGCGUGGCUGUUUCUUAUUAAUAAUACACUGGGUAAAAACCUACAGUCGGGUAAUAGCACUGGUGGUCGAAUCUUAGAAACAGAAGAAAUUGUUUUAAACAAAUCAAGUUGUCCUGCAGUUUACCGAUUAAUUGAUUGACUGAUUUGUAUAUUAUGCUCGACGUGGAUGUGACGUUUAAAAAACGAGUACUUACUUUUUAAUGUUUAACGUAAUAGCUAGCAAUGAAAGGUUUAGUCGUAAGUGUAAACAAACUGAACCCCUUGAUGUUUUUUGAACUGAUAGGCUGACCUUAUGUAAACUUAUAAAUAAUAGUUGUUACUGUUUUCAGAAAAAAAAAGAUUUUUGCCGUUUGAUUUUAACGUUUAUAUAGUUGUACCAAAUAUGAAACUAACAAUAUUAAUCCUCAUUUGUUUUCUGAAAGUUUCGGUUUCGCAAGAAGUUCUUUUACCAGGUGAAACUGAAUGCGACUGUCAACGUGAGAAGCAAUUUUGCUCCAGAAGCGGGGAAAGAGUGCGUGGUAUAUACACAGAUACACAAAGGUGUAACGGUCAUAACGACUGUGGGGAUUGGAGCGAUGAAAGAAACUGCAGUCAUGUCUGUAAAUCUCACAACGAAACGGCGUGCGAGUGCCAUCUAAACGGGACAUGCGAUAUCAGUAACUACGUUUAUUACUGGCCGUGUUUUAGUGAAGCAAGAAGAUGCAAUGGGAAAAACGAUUGCGGUGAUUGGAGCGACGAAAGAAACUGCACACGUAUUUGUGCGAGUCAUGAAACCGAGUGUGCUUGUAAUGCGAAUGGAGGUACUUGCCCAAAGUUUUGGGGUUACCAUAAACACUGUUACAAGAACAAGUAUAAAUGCGAUGAUGAUCGAGAUUGUGAAGACUUUUCUGAUGAGACCAACUGCACUUGUGGAACGGAGAGUGUUAAGUGCGGGUGCAUACUGAAUCCCAACAACUGUACUUCGGGUCUCGGAUGCGUUGAAAUUAAAGAUCUUUUCGAUGGAAAGCAACACUGUAAAGAUUUUUCUGACGAAUCAUGUGAGAUUAUAAAAGUAAACACCAGAAGAACUGUUCCCUAUUAUUACCCACAAUCCAAAGAGGUCAUCGUUACAAGUGCUUUCCUUUGCCAUAAUGCAUCAAGUUAUGAUUACAUUUUGAAGUUAAACAAAACACGCCCCAAGGGCAGAAGCUGUAAACACAUCGACUUUUAUUCACCCGAUACGUUCACAUAUACUGAAACCAAAUGGGUCUGUUCCUAUACUUAUUAUAUCAGGAACGGUUUCAUUCAAUGUGAGGAUAAGGGUUGGGUUAUUGGCCCGAAUUUGUGCAAUGGCUUUUCUGAUUGCGCAGACGGCACAGACGAACUGUACGAUGUCCCUGGCUUUAAAUGCAGAGCAGUAAACGAUUAUCAACAACAUAAACCGUCGUGUGUUCUCCCACAAAAGAACCUUCGUAACAAUAACUCGUAUUGUGAGGAUAAAUCUGACAUUUGCUACGUCGAUGGGAAGUUGAAAUGUUUCCAGUGCUUGGAUAAGAAACUGUUGUUGUCACCCAUGCAGGUUUGUGAUGGUGUUGUCGACUGUUAUGAUGCGUCUGAUGAGUGCUUAUGCGAAAACCAGACAAUAUGUAAAGAGGUUUUGGGAGAAUCUAAAGAGGUCUGUCCGAUCGGGCAGAUAUUAUGUAGCGGUGAGUGCCUUCCAAACGAACAAGUUACUUGCAACAAAUCGCUUAACUGUGGUGGGGGGUCAAAUACAAAGUACUGCAGCAAACCGAACGCAGAUGACACAGUUGUACGAAACGGUACUGGUCAUAUUUUCUGCCCGACAGACAGAUUAGGUACAAUCUAUACAAACGCAACCAUGUGUGACGGGAUUCCCGAAUGUUACAAUAGGGAAGAUGAAUGCGACGUAGGUUGUCCAAAUCAGACACAUUUUUGCGACUUUUCUAUACGAUGUCACCAGAAGCAAGCUACUUCAAUUUGGGAAAAACGUGGUCAGCUUUUUCUACAUAAAAGGCAAUACUGCGAUGGUAUUCCAAUAGUUUACUACGAUAUCUGUAGCACGGGUUUCGAUGAGGUAAACUGCCCAGGUCGUUAUUAUUGCCAUAACAAAACCGAUUUAUUGUUUAGCAUCGGAGAAUCUUUGCUUUGUGAUGGAGUUCCCGACUGUAAUGAUGGAUCGGACGAAUGGGAGUCAAUUUGUUCAGCUUCUCGAUUUUACUGCAAGAACAAACAACCGCUUUCAGUUUCAAGAGACCGAGUAGAAAAUGGGAUCAAAGAUUGUAGCGAUGGUAGCGAUGAAUGCCCGCCUGUAAGCUCAAUAAACCAUGUGUUUUCAUCUCCAUUUGAAAUGAUAGGAAUUACCUUCUUUAGAGUCAUUUUCUGGGUGAUGGGGUUUAUAGCACUGCUUGGGAACAUUGUAGUUUUUACAGCUUCAGUGUUAGAGCUGAAGACCGGCGUGAAUUCGGACCCGGUUAAAACGUCGUUUCUUACGUUUCUAAUAAAUCUCUCUGUUUCUGAUUCGCUGAUGGGAAUUUAUCUGAUAGCAAUAUCGGGAGUCGGGGUCCAGUUCACCGGAAGUUACUGUCACCAUGAUGCUCACUGGAGAAGUAGCAGUCUUUGUUCUUUUCUUGGAACACUUGUAAUUAUUUCGACCGAGGUCUCAGCGCUUAUAAUGGCGUCAAUGGCUACGUUUCGACUCGCCUCCGUCUAUUUUCCUAUUAAGAUGAUAAAUGCAAAACAAAUAAGCUACGUUAUCCCAUCUGCUUGUGCUUGGGUGAUUGGCGUAUUGUUGGCUUGUAUCCCAUCAAUGAGCCAAUCAGGCUACUUUGUCAAUACACUAUGGUUCCCGAACUAUUUUUUCGCAAAACAAGAGGUCCCGAAAAGUAAAGUUGUUUGGCUUGCCAAUAGGGCAUCACAAUUUGUGGUUAAUGCAACAGCACCCAAAGAUUGGUUAGAGGUUAAAGACACGGUGACCAAGGUGUUCAAGGAGCUUGAAUUAAAGGGAGAGUUCGGAUACUUCAGCGCUACGAGCGUGUGCAUGCCGAAGUUGUUUGUGAAAACUGAAGGCGACGAAGCGUGGGAGUACUCAACGUUUCUUAUUGUUUUCAACUUCAUCCUGUUUAUCUAUAUUGCUCUCGCAUACGCUUGCCUGUUUCGUAGAAGUAACGCCGUCAUAAAGGGGAGCAAUAAGAAGUCUAAAAAGUUGCUACAGACCGUUUCCAUAAUGAUCUUGUGCAAUUUUUGUUGUUGGAUCCCGAUUUGCUUGAUGGCUUUCGUUAGUUUAUCUGGUGUACAACUUGACAACAUUGUUUAUGUCAUAAGUGCCGGCAUAUUACUUCCCAUUAACAGUGUGUUAAACCCUAUUAUAUAUUCCAAAGUCGCACUCACUACCAUUCGAAGGUUAUUCGAAAAACAAAGAAAAACUUUUACUUCGCAAUAACCCGGUGUGUGUCGUGUAUAAUAACUCAGUUAUAUUUUUUCCUUCUGUUCGUGUUUAUCCGUAGUAAAAAGAACUACAAAUGACAUUAAUACAUGGCCAGUAUAUGCAUUGACAAAAUUACUUAACACAAUAAGGUAAUUCCCCGUGACUAAGAAC